AUGCCAUUUAGGCCAAGCUGCAUCAUUUGCUGCUCGGACUGCGAUGCAGACAGCCUCUUCACGAGUUGCCAGCACUUCCUGUGCGCCCGCUGCACCGCCCGCUACCCACCGGGGCAGUGCCCACGAUGCCGCAAGCCGUGUAAAGUUGUCAAAGCGGGCGCGGCGCUGCCCAAUGAGCUGCAGGAGCGCAUGGCACAGGAUCCACAGCGAGUGCUGGCCGUCGCCGCGCAGGCGCUCGAGUUUCAGCGGCGGCAGGAGCAUCAGACACUGCAGCGUCUUCGUGAGAUUGUGACGACGCUGAAUCAAAGCAACCGCAGCAUGGCCUCCCAGCUCAGUGCAGCGAAGACAGAGCGUGAAAGCCUCCUAAACAAAAUAAAGCGGCUGCAGGAUCGACUCUACGCUCAACAACAACAACAACAACAGAUGACACAGCGCCCGGUGGAUUCACAGAUGGUCGGGGAUAACGGCGGUGUUGCCUACGGUGUUAGCGGACUGGGGAUGACGGCGCGUGUGCCGCCUAGUUUUCUGCAGACGAGUGUAGUGCCGAGCCCAACCAACGCGGCGGUGCGUGGCUGGCUCUCGUCCCCUGCGGCUGCUCCCCGUGCAAUGACUCCGUUGGGUUGGAGCCAACCGAAGCGCCAGCGCGAUGACGUUCACCACACGCCCGGAAGUAGUGGUAACAAUAAUAACCACAUCGGCGAGGAUGUCGCCGGGGCGGGCUGCAGGGAUUUGGCGCGGUUUCGCCUGGCAACACCCGCCAUCACGCUGCGUAACGCACUACCCAGCAUGCGUGAUGCCACACCGGCGCACCAAAUGGACCGCGCCACUGCCAUGUCGGCCCCGGCGGAGCUGAAGAGCCUCUUGUGCCGCGGGCCAUAA